CGGAACUCCUCGGCUAGUAUCAAGAUAUGUCUAUCUCAAAGCUUGCAGGAGAUGGCCGAGUUGUUACGAUUGCCGGCGAGUGUAGAAAUUUCACCGACUAUGUCAUAACAGACGCAUUAUCAAUUUCAAGCGCCUAAUUGAUAAAUCAUGAAGGCGAGGAACUCAUUAGUGUUUGCUGCUGUCAUUGCCUUGUUAUGUCAAAGUGCCUCCUCCACACUGUCAAAAAGUGACAGAGGAAAGAAAAAGAAGAAAGAAGAACAGAAGGGAAAUGUAGCCUUGUCAGUCAAGACAGUAGCAGAAAGAGGUUUGGUUAGGAAUGAGGUCAAGUGGAAGGAAAUUGUCUCCGAACAUUCGGCGUACUGUGACCUUGCUAAAGAGCUUAAGCAGUUUGAAGGGGAAACUCUGGGAUAUGUAACUCCUUGGAAUAACCAUGGGUACGAUGUGGCCAAGAUAUUUUCCCGAAAAUUCACAUACAUAUCCCCUGUAUGGCUGCAAGUAAGACGAAAACCUGGCGGGGUAUUUCAUAUCACCGGUGACCAUGACAUUGAUAAAGGAUGGAUCUCAGACAUUACCAAGGGAAAGACAACAAAAAUGGUUCCUCGUUUAUUGUUUGACGGCUGGACAGCCACAGACUACGGGGCGCUGUUUGCAAGCGAAGAUGCGAUAGAAGAUUGUAUACAAGUUAUACUGGACAUUGUGAAGGAGUACAAGUUUGAUGGUCUGGUGGUGGAGAUAUGGUCACAAUUUGGCGGAAAGGCUAAGAAAGAGCUGGUUCAUUUUCUGACCCACUUUGCGGAGAUGUUUCACGAACACAACAAAGAGUUUAUCCUAGUUAUUCCCCCUGGUGUCUAUGACAGGGAUUCGCAAGGCAUGUUUGAUCAGGAUGAUUUUGAGGCGUUAGCUCCCGUUGUUGACCGAUUUUCCCUCAUGACAUACGACUUCUCAAACCCUAGCAGGCCAGGCCCUAACAGUCCCUAUAACUGGGUGAUUCAGUGUAUAGCUCUGCUGGAUCCCACAGGGACCUCACAGUUUCGACAUAAGAUUCUUCUUGGACUUAAUUUCUACGGAAACGACUACUGGUCGCGUUCUGGGGAACCAGUUCUCGGAAACAAAGUUAUAGAGAUAUUAAAGAAACACAAGCCAAAAAUCACAUGGAGUGAUGAUGUCAAAGAGCACUCUUUUGAAUACAAGAGUGGUGGUACCACACACAAUGUCUUCUAUCCAACAUUGAAAUCCAUCCAAGAGAGAUUGCAAUUAGCUAAAACACUUGGUGUAGGAAUAUCCAUCUGGGAAAUAGGCCAAGGAAUGGACUACUUUUAUGACUUGUUUUGAUGAAAUUGUAUAAUUAGGUUUCAGUUUUAUCAAAUGAUAAGUUAUGUACUGAUAUUUCACAUUUAAUGGUGGCAAAAGACAUGUAUUGAAUACUAAUGUGUGGUAAAAUAUCAUAUCUUGGCUUCAAGUGCUUUUUUGUUCAAAUUUAUUCAAUUUCAUUUCCUUUUUAAAAGGAUUGAUUGUUUUAUCAAUAUAUUGCAUGAUGACAUUCUUGCAACUGUUUAUAUUUUUCUUUAGGGAUGUUAGAAGUAAGAUAAAUCUUUGAAGUAUUUUCAUUAAUUAGUCUUUUCAAGAAAAAAAGUCUUUUUUGAUAGCCUUGCUGUCGUUAGCGGCUGCAUCAUACGCAUGUUGCAUGGAACAAUACACACAUGUACAGCAAGGCGCAUAACUGGCUUCAGUAAUGAUUGAGUUAUGCCCCUUAUUUAGCUGAAAACCACUUGAACAGACAAGCAUUGGUGUGUGCUUGGUGGCACUCUUGUUACGUUUAUGCAAGGAUAAAGUGUUGCAAUACUCAUUAUUUAGUCAUUAAUUGCAAACAAUGUCAAUUGUUCUUAAUUUGUGAAAUCAUCUUAUAUUAAGGAUGUUUGGAAAGUGUUUCAUGAAAAAGGGACUUGUUUUCUGAUGGCACUACACAGAUAUAUAGGAGGACUUUGAAGUACUUGCAUUAUUUUUGAAAAGAAGUAAACUUAUUUAUGGGUUUGGCUGUUUCUUAUUAAGUACCUUUGUUUAUAAGAUACACUUGAGCUUCAGUCAGUGUCUAAGUACCUCUGACAUAUUUUCGACUUACUGUUGAGUAUGAGAUACUUGAAAACAGUGAUAAUUUUUAUUUGUAUAAAUACACAGGAGUAUUCAUGAAUUAAAAUAAUUCUGGACUAGUAAAGAAAUACCAUUCAUUUUUCAUUCCUCAGGAUGUGUUUUGAGUGAAUAUAUACAUGUAAGUGUUCAUAUUGCUUUUAAAGCAUGUACAAAUGUAUUUUAGUGUGGUAUACAUGUGGGUCAUACAUCUGAUGUAUUCCAUAUAUAGCUACAGGUGGGUCCUGCAUCUGAUGUAUUCCAUAUAUAGCUACAGGUGGGUCCUGCAUCUGAUGUAUUCCAUAUAUAGCUACAGGUGGGUCCUGCAUCUGAUGUAUUCCAUAUAUAGCUACAGGUGGGUCCUGCAUCUGAUGUAUUCCAUAUAUAGCUACAGGUGGGUCCUGCAUCUGAUGUAUUCCAUAUAUAGCUACAGGUGGGUCCUGCAUCUGAUGUAUUCCAUAUAUAGCUACAGGUGGGUCCUGCAUCUGAUGUAUUCCAUAUAUAGCUACAGGUGGGUCCUGCAUCUGCUACAUUAACAAAGCCUUUUAGUCAAGUGCUGUAAAAAUCAAAAACUUUCCCAGCUGUAUUAUUACUAUAUGGAUAUUUACAUUCUAGACAAUAAACAAAGAUAUAAAGAGUGUGGUUAUUGUAGGUGAAACACCUCUUGCAUGACUGGAAGUAUCUGUUUCCCCAAACGAAGCGGUGUUUGAUGUGAAGUUGAGUGAUGUAUGCUGUUAAAAUGAUGUUACAGUAUUCUCAAUGCUUCAGUCCUAUGCUAUAAAAUAAUGAGGAACAGUUACUGCAUUUGAACACUAUAUCACAGUGCUGAUGUAACACUUUAUAUUAAGCUGAAAUGGCUUCAUAUAUCAAGUACAAUCUUAAUUUACUUCUUGAAUAUAAAGUUUUAAAUGGAUUCAUAUUCACUUUGUUUUAAAGAUGAGAGCUAUCUUCUGGUUAGGUGUAGGUGGCCAAUUCCACAUUUGCUUUAAGCUGUCUUUACAAUCAAGCUUAUAUGAACUUUAUAUCGGUAUUAUAGUUAUUUAUAUCAAACUGAACUAAUUUGUUGGACAGUCAGCCAAAAAAGUGCAUUGUUUUAUUUAUCUAAUCAAACUGAACAAAUGUUCUUGAAUAUAUCUAGUCAAACUAUGCAUCUUUUGUGUACACAUGUCAACAAAACCUGUUUUUUAAAGUUGCAGGUCUUAAACUAUAUUGUCAUAGGGUAAUUUAGCUGAGGUUGCAGUUGUUUAAAUGUGUUGGGUAAUUUAGCUGAGGUUGCAGUUGUUUAAAUGUGUUGGGUAAUUUAGCUGAGGUUGCAGUUGUUUAAAUGUGUUGGGUAAUUGCUGAGGUUGCAGUUGUUUAACAGCAUUGGGUUAUUUAGCUGAGAUUGUAGAUGUUAAAUUGAGCCGGGUUAUUUAGCUUAGAAUGGAAGUAUUUAACUACAUUGACAUGGGUUAUUGAGUUGAGAAUGCAAAUGUUUAAAUGCUUUGGUUUAUUCAGCUGAGAAUGAAAGGGUUCAACUAAAUUGGGUUAUUUAGCUGAAUUCAAGUGUUAAAGUUCAUUGGGCCAUAUAACUGAGAAUGUUUUUUCUAGCCUUGGUGAACACAUAGUGUUUUGACAACAGUGCUAGUCUCUGUAGAUUUCAUUGAGUUUUUUUAGAAAAGAAACUAAUCAUUCCAUAUUUUUAUAUAUUAUUCAUUUUAUUUUUGUGGUUUAUUGAACUUUGAUGUACAAUCUAAUCAUAUUUUUAUUGUUGUAUUACAUGACCUAUUUCAAAACCUGAUGCUAUCAAGUUUAUCAGAAAUAUGAUAAUCGUUCUAAUAUUAUAGUUGUUUUUAUUUUUCGAUUAAAAUAUUCAAGUGUU